CCUAUGCUUUUUGCGCCAAAUCAUUUUGCAGGGAGCGCUCCUCUCACAUCUGUUCAGCUAUUGUGGGUCAACAUGAUUAUGGAUACUCUGGGAGUACUAGCGCUGGCAACUGAGCCUCCAACUGAUGAGCUAAUGAAGCGUUCACCAGUUGGAAAGAACGGAAAUUUUAUCUGUAAUACGACGUGGAAGAAUAUCUUAGGGCAAUCCUUUUAUCAGUUUAUGGAUAUAUGGUAUCUUCAGGUGAAAGGAAAAGCAACGUUUAGUUUCGACGGCCCUGAUUCUGUCCUGACAUUGAACACGCUUAUUUUCAAUUCACUUGUCUUCUGUCAGGUUUUCAACGAGAUCAGCUCACGUAACAUGGAGGAAAGAAAUGUUUUCAAGGGUAUAUUAGAUAACUACGUUUUCGUGGCUGUCCUCGGUUGCACUGCGAUCUUCCUAGUCAUCAUUAUUGAAUUCUUGAGAACAUUUGCUAGUACAAUUCCUCUCACUUACUUCGUAAGCGUGUUCAUAGGAUUUUUAGGCAUGCCGAUUUCAUCUGCCUUGAAGACGAUACCCGUAUGAGCCACGAGAAACAGU